AUGUUACACCUGUCCUUGAGUUCUUCGAUAUGUUUUUCGCUACACACGCGAUCCUUUCUCAUACCCCAUAACCAGAAAUCCAUUCUAGCUGGCUACCAAGCUAUAGAUACAUUGAUAUCUAUCUAUCUAUCUAUCUAUCUAUCUAUCUAUCUAUCUAUCUAUCUAUCUAUGCAUACAUACAUACAUACUUACAUAUAUACAUACAUAUAUAUACAUAGAAAUGAAAUGGACAAAUCCAUUCUUCUGAUCUUUUUCCCCUUCAAAUUUUUACAUCUUAGUCUUCAUAACCUUUCUCUUUUUAAUCAUUUUGCUUUUCUCUCCAGUAUUAUUUCUUCUUCUUUCUUCUUCUUCUUCUUCUUCUUCUUCUUCUUCUUCUCCUCCUCCUCCUCCUCCUUCUUCUUCUUCUUCUUCUUCUUCUUCUUCUUCUUCACAAUAUGCACUCUAUGUCUCAAUAUUCAUGACCAUUCAGUAUCCUCUUGGCUUGUGAGUCUCCGCUCCAGUCUCAAAUCUUUUGCCGACUCGGGUCUUUUUCAUGGCUUGUGGAAAACUGAAUUUUCUUAUGCUGUUCUUUCAACUAUACCUUUCUCCUCGCUAGUCUUCCGUAAUGUCCGGAUUUGUGGAGAGUGCGACAGAUUGUCCCACCUGAGCUGCAGAUCAUUGAAGCUCCUCAAGUGUUACCACGAGGCUCUUUUUUGCUUCUCUUAA